AUGUCAUCACGCACUGAUGAACAACAAUCACAAACACCGAACACAAGUGUUGCAUCGCAUCUGUCAUUAGACUCGCCGAUCCCUGAUCUGAGUAAUGAUUCAAUAACGCAGGAGACUCUUGAUUCCCUGGAUAUACUACUAUCAAAAAGUUUGGACUGCACUGUGACCGACCCAAUCCCAAUUCAGGAAAUGAAAGAGACUAUCAGUCUGCUACGGUCAGAGUAUGCAAUCCUACAGAAUGAAUUUGAUAAUACUUCAUUGGAAAAUAAAAACCUCCGUCAGCAACUUAGCAAAUUGGCAAAGGAAAAUGAUAUGCUAAAGGCCCUGUGCCAAUCUCCACUAAACGACAGCCAAACAAUUCAUUGCUCCAAAAAAAGUAAUAGGCGCUUAAUACUACAACCCGAAGCUGUAUCUCCCAUGACAUUUUCAAAACCUACAUCAACCGUCAAAACAGCUCCCCUGGACUCUUCACUACAAACCCUCUACGAUAAAAUUAAGAUCUUGCAGAAGCAACUAAAAUCCGCAGAAAAGGAGAUAUUGAAGCUGAAAAAAUAUAUUGAUACAUUGGAACAAAGACUAUCAUAUGACUCACAAGAGAUUCUUGAAAGGACGAACAUUGAAUGCUGUAGACAUGCUGACGAUAACAUGAUUCUGGUAGGAAUUCAAACCUAUAACCCAUGGCGUAGAUAUGCACAAUGCUCUAACACUAAAUAA